GUCGCAAUCCGUCGCGAAUCCCACCCGGCUAUUUUCUGAACAAUCGCUGUCCGGAAGUCGCCAGAGCUCAACUCGCGAUGCCGGCCCCUCUGUUCAAACGUUUCGCGCCGCCUGCGCCCAUCGCCAACAAGCAGCCUUCACCUGCUCCAGCGCGCGAUCAGGUCACGAAAGCCUCCAGCCCUCCCUAUGCUGCGACCGAGGUGGUCGCCGACUCACACCCCGCAUCUGUACAGGACAGUGUGGUGUUGGAAGUCCCAAAGACUAUCAAGAAACCCAAGAAGAGGAAGCGCAAUGCUGAAGCUGCCGAAGCCCAAGAUGAUGAGGUUUCCAAGAAGCAUAAGAACAUCCUUUCGAAAUUCGAGAAAGCCUCAAAGCUUGCUGAAGUGGUAGGGCAAAAGGGAGAAGAGGAAGUUUCAUAUGAAGCUCAAGAACCAGAAGAACUCCACGAUCUCGAACCCAUGCCGCAACCCGCACCGAUUCCCGAGCCAGUUUACGAACCUACCUUCUCCACUCUGCCCACGUGGCUCGCUCAACCUACCACCGUGGAAGCAUCGACGACGACCCCGUUUUCCGAACUUGGUGUUGAUCCUUCAUAUGUAAAGAGAUUAGAGAAACAAGGAUUCAAGGACGCGCUGGCUGUGCAAACAGCAUUGCUUCCCAUGCUGCAUCCUGGCUUUGACCAGCACUUGGGCGACAUAUGCGUCUCGGCCAAGACAGGCUCUGGAAAAACCCUGGCUUACCUACUACCCAUCAUCGAAGCCCUCAAGGAUCGCGCGGUACCCGUACUGUCAGCCAUUGUGGUAGUACCGAGCCGGCAACUCGUCAAUCAGGCUCUACAAGUUGCCGAGGAGCUAUGCGCUGGAACAAAGAUCAAAGUAGGAACGGCUUUGGGCAGCAUCGCCUUUGCGGCGGAGCAGAAGCAGCUUGUGAAGAUGAGACCGCAAUACGACCCCAGGAGAGCACAGGAACUUCAGGAGACGGCUUCACGACAACACCAGACUGGGCUUAUGGAGAAAGGAGGACUAUACGACGAUCUGAGAGCCAUGCCUUUAGACCACGUCCCACAAUACGACUCGAGCGUAGACAUUCUCAUAUGUACUCCGGGCCGAUUAGUUGAGCACAUCGAGCACACUACCGGCUUUCUGCUCAACAGUGUGCGCUGGCUCGUUAUCGAUGAAGCUGACCAGCUGCUGAGUCAAAACUUCCAGGGUUGGGCGACUGUGCUGAUGGACGCCCUUCAUGGUGAGACGCCAGUUGAGUUUAUGAACGCUCAAGAACGGAUACGAAAGCGAGAGCGCGAUGCCAACUCUAUCUGGUCCAUGGCAUUGCCUGCUCGUAGACAGCUCACAAAGAUUGUGCUUUCCGCAACGAUGGAGAAAGACCUCACGAAGCUCGGCACACUGAAACUCAAGCGACCGAAGUUGAUUGUCGUACAAGACGCGAUUGCAGAAUCUCAAACGUUGGACAAUGAAGAAAAUGUCUUUGAGUUGCCGUCGACCCUACACGAGUUUGCGGUGCAUGUUGGCGAUGGUUCGAACAAGCCCCUACACCUGUUGUAUGUGCUCGUCAACUACGUAUUCCCAGGCGCCCAGGCAGCAUCAGGCUCUUCGUCGGUUUCUUCCGCCUCUGGUACAUCAUCUGACUCCGACUCUGACUCGGGCGAAGAUGAACGGGCAUCUGUAUCUAAACAGAGUGGCCGCGUUCUCAUCUUUACUAAAAGCACAGAGAGUGCCUCUCGCUUGUCGCAUCUGCUUGGUGCGCUCAUGCCAGGUUUCAAGAAUUACAUGAAGACGAUGACCCGAGCGUUGACAGCGGAUGCGUCUCGAAGAUUGCUCAAAUCAUUCAGCUCUGGAGUGGUCAAAAUACUAAUUGCGUCCGACGCCGCAUCCCGUGGGCUGGACAUUCCUGAUAUUACUCAUGUCAUCAACUACGAUCUUCCGACAAGUAUCACCAGCUACGUCCACCGCGUCGGUCGGACAGCUCGCGCGGGCAAGACAGGAGAAGCAUGGACGCUGUUCACGAAGAACGAGGCCGCAUGGUUUUUGAAGCAGGUAGCCAAGGGCGAAAGCAUAAAGCGUGGCAGUAAGAAGGUCAAGCGUAUGGAGUGGAAAGAGAGCACUGUGACGGCGGACGGAAGGAAGAAAGCGUAUCGCACGGCGCUGAAGCAGCUGGAGAGCGCUGUCGCAGGCAAUGCUGAGGCUGAAUAGAUCUGCGGCGAAACCGUUACCUGUUGACCGC